AUGAUCGGGGACCUGUAUCCCUCAACACUCUUCCCAAAUGGUCAGGUGGAGCAAGCAGUAGACAAAUAUUGCGAACAACAGUCUUUACCGGUACCGUCUUACAUCACAGAGCACAAAUUACGAUCUCUAGAGGACCUCAAAGACCAUGACUAUAUGGUUCCUACGUUGGAGAUCCAGUUUCUCAUGUUUUUGGUCGGUAUAUUGGAUGUAGAGACAGUACUCGAGAUUGGCUGCUUUACCGGAUACUCUGCUUUGGGCUUUGCAGAAGCCUUGAAGAACAAACCGAAUGCCAAAAUUACGACAUUGGAGAUAGACCCAAAGCCAAUCUUGAUCGCUCGCAAGGCUUUCAAGGGACAGCCUGAGGCCCAAAUUAUUGAAAUAUUGGGAGGGGAUGCAACCGCUUCCUUGAACCUCUUACAUGGCCAAUCACGGUCAUUCGAUUUGAUAUUUCUCGAUGCGAAUAAGGAGGGCUACGCGGAUUAUUUCAACAAAAUCCUAGACUUGCAAAUGCUUUCGCCACGCGGAGUUCUCGUUGUUGACAAUGUUCUCUGGAGGGGACUCGUAGCGGAUCGCACACCAGCAAAUCCUCAGGGAAACGAGAUCUCAUUGGCAAAAGCAGAGGUUAUGGACAGUUUCAAUAAGUUAGUGAAAGCGGAUGAUCGGGUCGAACAACUUGUUCUUCCCCUCUUUGACGGACUAUCGUUGAUCAGAUUGAAACAAGGCUGA